AUGAAGUUCGGAACUGCAGCUUUUGCUCUCUCUGGCCUCGCCGCCGGCGUCGUGGCCGCUCCUGUCGCGCAGAACAACCCUCAAGGUUAUACGCCUCAGAAUGCUCAAUGGAAUGCAGCUGCUCAGCCGCAGAACUUCAACCCGGCGCAGAACGCCGCACCGGCACCAGCUCCUUAUCCUCAGCAAGGUAGCGGCAACGGCGGUCUUGGUCUUCCUUUGAUAGGAAACCUCGCUUCCCCGCUCAGUGGGCUUGGAGGAGGCAAUGGCGGAGGUAUCGGCGGAGUCGGACUCAGCGGAGGCAAUGGUGGCGGUAUCGGGGGUCUCGGCAAUCCAUUGGAUAUGGUGAAGGGCUUGGGCGGAGGUCUGCUUCCUCUCCAGAAACGCCAGGGCGGCUCCGCCAAUGCUGGGGCCAAUGCUGAUGCCAAUGCCUGGACCAACGCUGAUGGCUACGGCGGUGUCGGUGCAAAUGGCUUCGCUAAUGCUGACGCUCACGCUCAAGGCCAAGGUCACAGCGGCAACAAUGUUCAGAUUGCAGGUCUCCCAUUUGUGGGUAACGUCGCCAAUGCACCUUCGGCUGUUCUCGAUGUUGCUCAGGACGCUGUCGGCCAGGCUGCUGGCAGUGUCAUGGGAUUUGCUAACGGACUUAUGGGAGGCAAUGCGCGAGCUGGUGCCGGUGCUGGUGCUGGUGGCUUCUCUGCUCCUGGCAAUUACUAG